CAGUUCAUAACAGAUACCAUAGUCAGAUAGCGGUGCUAGUCGUACUGUAGCGUAAAAGUCAUACAGUUGUGGUUGAAUUUUUGCAUCUAGAGAAGUAGCUCUUUGGGCAACUUUCACAAUGAUCAGGCUACUUUUGAUAGUGCUCCUGGCUUCAUCUGUUUGUUGUACGUUAUUGAACGAGGACCUGAAAAGUCUGGAAGAUUUGGAGGAUCUUCUCCUCAGAGAUGAAAAUACCGCAACUUACUCAAAUGAUCGGAACCCGGAUGUCUUGUUGAGCGACUUCAACAGCAAACGAUCGACUGACGAUGAAAACAAAGAUCGAACUCCAGAUGUCUUGUUGGGCCAGUUCAACAGCCGUAAACGAUCGCCUGUGAACAAAAGGAAACUUGAGAUGUACCUGAGGAAGCUGGAAGACAGUGAGGGCGCCUUCCGUCAAUUGUUAUCGGCUGGGGAAUUGGAGAAACGGAUCUUGCAAAUCCGGGAAAUCCUUGGUGAAGAAGAGACAUGCGAUACGACCCCAUACGGGUACCGCACGAUAGACGGUACUUGCAACAAUGUCGCAAAGUCGACUCAAGGGUCCGCGGGCACAGCACAGAAACGGAUCCCGGAGAUCAAUGCUUAUGACGACGGACUGUCUGAGCCACGCACGUUGUCAGUGAGUGGCGGACCGUUACCCAACGCCCGUGAUGUCAGCCGAACUGUCUUCAACACCCACCGUAGAAUGGUCAGAGAUUUCACUCAGAUGGGGAUGAAUAUUGGACAGCUAGCGGAUCACGACGUGUCGGCAAGCCAUUCCCCACAAGUUGACUGUUCAGAUUGCUCGGAGGAGGGCGAGUGUUUCCCCAUCAUGAUCGACGAGUCAGACCCAGUAUUUGGCGGCAAGCAACCUUGCUUCAACAUUCGCAGAUCAAAAUAUGAAGUGGAUUCCAUGGGAGUUCGUCAACAAACCAAUUUCAUUACGUCGUAUCUAGACGCGUCCUUCGUCUAUGGUUCUGAUGACGCUUUGGCAGCUGAACUGAAGGAUGAGUCCGGAUCGAUGAAACACCUCACCGAUAAAAUGACGGGCCGAGAGUUACUGCCACCGGACAAAGAUUUGAAAGGGUGUGCUGGAGUGGACGAGGCAGCGGGAAUCUGGUGCGGUAAGGCCGGCGACCACCGCGCUGCGGAACAGCCCGGUAUAACCGCACUCCAAACGCUCUUCUUACGAGAACACAACCGCAUUGCCGAAGAACUCCGCAGGCUUGACCCUUUGCUGCCCGCCGAAGAGGUCUACCAGAAGGCGCGUAAGAUUCUGGGAGCAAAGUGGCAGCAUAUCAUCUUCAACGAGUACCUACCGUUGAUCAUCGGAGAGGAGUUGUACACAUCUAAGAACCUUUCACCAAACGCACCGUACGAGUACGACCCGGACGUAGACGCAUCCGUAUCCAACCUAUUCGCUGCGGCUGCCUUCCGCUUCGGACACACGCAAGUCCCGUUUCACUACGUACGCGCAACCAAGAAUUAUAUGCGCAAACUUCCUCGGAUUCCCAUGAGUGAGGCGUUCUUCAACGCAUCGUUCAUGUUCGACGAGUCCAUCCCUGAUGGCGCUGUCGACUCCAUACUGAGAGGCAUGACGGUGCAGAGUAUGUACAACGUGGAUAGGCGUUUCUCGGACGCCCUCGUCAAUAAUCUUUUUGGUGACCCGGAAGUGGAAGGUGAUGGGUUUGACCUGGUGUCAAUAGAUAUCCAACGAGGUAGAGACCACGGCUUGCCGAGCUAUACCACCAUCAGGAAGGAUUUCUGCGGCCUGGGUGAAAUCAAUAGUUUUCAAGACCUUAUUGAUGAUGGCGUCAUGCCGUGGGAUGAUCUCCGAGGCCUCCAGAAAGCAUACAGUGACGUGAAGGAUGUAGAUGCAUUCGUAGGCUCGGUGCUUGAGACCCAUCUUCCCAACACCCUGGUCGGACCGUUUCUUGCUUGCAUCUUUGCCGAUCAGUUCCAUCGAAUCAAAUUCGGCGAUCGUUUCUUUUAUGAGAACUCGGAGCAGUUCACUCCAGAUCAGAUUCAGGAGAUUAAGAAGGCUACCGCGGCACGACUUAUGUGCGACAAUGUGGAGGGACUGCGGAAGAUACAGCCCUUCAUCUUCAUCAAAUCGAAUAAUUAUCAGGCUGGACAGGUCGAUCUCGAGGAGGUUUACGCCCGGCAACACGGUGAUUCCUCUGAAGCAAAGAGAGGGUUGUACGACUCCUUCUACGAAUAUAGUCGGUCUGGUACCUGGCCUCACAAGAGAGCGGUUGUGCUGGAUGGCUUGGAUAACUCUCGUGUGUUUUGUGACUCGGACCAGAUUCCCGUCGUCGACCUGUCGAAAUUCGUCUAGACGUCAGCGCACAUUUCAGAUCCGAAAAUAAACACAGUUACUUUAUUAAAAUCAAGAUCUCCUUAGCAUGUAAUGGCUUGAGAAGAGGUGAAGGGUUUCAACGGCGGGUUUUUUUUCAGUUAAAAUGAAUAUUUUCAAUAAUUAAAACGUUCUCAAUAUUUGUUUUUAUUUAUUAAUGGUCGUUCUAUUUUGCUUUCGCUCUUUUUCAUUUUGAAGGGGCUCCUGUAGAGAAUGAUAUAACCAAUACAGAUUAUAGUAGUGUUUCGAUUUUUGGGGGGAAAACAUCUUAUUUACUUAAAAGGGAAUAUACAGCAUUUGCAAACAUCAAACAACAGA